GCACUUGUUUUACCGCCGUGCUUCUAAACUCGUCAGUAAAACGUGCUCGACUCUAAGAAAAACGUCUCUCACCUGACAUUCAUCAGUUUGAUUUCUAAUCUAGACUUUUUUCUCUUUAAUAGUCAUUUGUUUCUACUGAAAAUGCAUAUUAUGCGAUAUUUGAUAUCGACAAAGUGAAUAAGUAGCAAAAUAUGGCUUUACGGUUUAUCAAGAGUUUAAAAAUUCUUUGUGGUAUGUGCACUUUAGUGUUCAUAUUAUUUACUUAUUCAAACGUGUUUAACACAAUGAGUAAUCAAAAUUCAUCCCGCGAUUUUGAAUAUAAUAAUUUGAUGCAUAAUUUGUCAAAGAGGAAGAAAAGUUUCACAAAAGAGGAGGUAAGUAAGAUGUCUAUACUUGGGAGGUGGUUGAUUUCUCCUGAAGGAAGUCCUCCCCCAACAAUUAUAAAUCUUAAGAAUACAAGCCGUUUGAUUUUAAUUUGGAAGAGCGGACCUUUUCUGGAGAGACGACAUAUCAAAAGAUUUUCUACUGAAAAAUUCUCGCCCUGGAAAAACUGUUCAGUCCAAUGCCUUCUUUCUUAUGAAUCCAGCAAUCUUGAAAAGGCAGAUGCCGUAUUAUUUCACCUACAUCGCACCAAACACGUUAAUGAGUUACCGCCUAGAAAAAAUUACAACCAAAGAUGGAUUUUCCUAACAGAUGAAUCACCGUUGCAUACUUUUCUUUAUGGAAAUCAGAAACUAUCAGACUACAAUAAAAUUUUUAACUGGACGAUGACUUAUCGAAUGGAUAGCGACAUUCCAGUUCCCUAUGGAAGAACGGUUCUCUCUGAAAAAUUUAGAAACAGAUCAUUUUUCCAUUCUGAAUUGAACAAGAAAAAGAAACUUGCAGCAGUUAUGGGGAGCAAUUGUGCUGGUAGUAAUGGUCGGUGGAAUUAUAUCCACGAACUGAAACUUUUACUCGGCAAAGACUUGGAUAUUUAUGGCCAUUGUCUUAAUGGCGAUACAACGACCUGUCCUGGCCAUUUUGAUAAAGAUUGCGAAAUUCUCAAGGAAUAUAAAUUUUAUCUCGCAUUUGAAAAUUCAAAUUGUAGAGAGUAUCUGACGGAAAAAGUGUUUUGGAACGGAUAUAAAAAAUUUGCGAUUCCAGUAAUUAUGGGUGCUCCACGCGAAGACAGCAUGCGCUUAUUACCGCCUAAUUCCUUUCUACACGUUAGCGAUUUUUCAAAUUCUUCAACACUUGCCAAUUUUUUGAAAUAUUUACAUAAAAAUGAUGAUAAUUAUCUUAAAUUCCACGAAUGGCGCAGUGAGUAUAUGGUCAUUAACGAGCAUGGCUAUUUUGGUAGCCCUUCGCGACAUUAUUGUAGAAUUUGUGAGGCUCUUCAUUAUAAUUCAAUGGAAGCAAAAGUUUAUGAUAAUUUGGAGAACUUUUGGAGUAAAAAGAAAGACUGUUCUUUGUAACCGAAAGGGAUAGAAGGUUCUUGUAUUUUAAGGAGAAAGUAAUUGGUAGUGUGGAGUAUUAGAAAGAGUAUUAAAAAAUUUCAUCUGGAUGAAAAUAAUUGAGUUCUUAUGUAUUUGAAAGAAGCGCAUAAAAUCGUUUUUUUUUAAACUUUAGAUUCGGUUCUAAUACAAAAGGUUUGUUUUUCAUUACUUAUAUUAGUUAGCAAAAGUAUAAGGUUGAACAAAAAUUUAUUUAGGGUAUUUUCAUAUUAAUUUAUUAAAAAUUAAUCAUUAUUUCAAAUAAGUGUUAUGCAGAUUCCCAAAGACUUGAAACGACCAUUCCAAUAAUGGCUGUGUAGAACAAAUGU